AUGGAAGUCAUCAAUGUCGAUGUCUUGGUAUGUGGAGGGGGGAUGUCGGGGAUGGCAUGUGCUGCUUUUACAGCAGAUGCAGGAGCCAAAACCUUGGUUAUUGAAAAGCAAGGAACUGUUGGUGGAUCUUCCAACUAUUCAGCUGGCAUGUUCUGGGGACCCCAGACCUACAAAAAGUUGAGAUCAUGGGUGCCGAAUGGCGAUCCGGUACUGCAACGUGCGUGGCUGUCUGACUAUCUUCCGGCUGUCCAAUGGAUGCGCGAGAAUGGAGUUCCAACGGCAAGUCGGUUCGACGGCAUUAUGACCAUCGGUAUUGGAUUUCCAAUUAAAGUACCUCACCUCCAUAAUCUGCAUCGCAAACGCAUUGAGCGCAGCAAUACUGGAUCGAAAAUUUUGACCAACUCGUCGGUUGUCAAGCUCAUCCAGGAGAAACCAGGCGUCCCUGGUUCGCGUAUCACCGGUGCCAUAAUUUGCUGCCGCAGUUCAGAUAAAUCCCCAGCCACCUAUCUUGAAGUUCGUUCCAAGAUGGUCGUGUUAGCUACGGGCGGGUUCCAGGGCUCUUCGCGCAUGACAGCCAAGUAUCUCGGACAGGGUGGUGACGAUAUCUUCGUGCGCUCGAACCGGGGCUCGGUCGGUGACGGGCUUAACUUGGCGGUCCAGGCAGGUGCCGCGACUAGCAGAGGCAUGAGCACAUAUUAUGGUCACCUGUUAGCUGCUCCAAUCCGAGCAGAAGACGUCGAUCCAAAAGACUAUCUCCCAUUGGCACAGUAUCAAAGCAAAUACUGCUUGCUAUUAAAUGAAGGAGGUCGGCGAUUUGCAGACGAGACAAUAGGUGACGAGAUUGUCAAUCAGUAUCUCGCUAAGCAGGAAAAACGUCGGGGGUUCCUGAUAUUCAAUGAAAAAACUCGCGUGCAACAUUGCAUGUCUGCAUUGUUCCCAAACGCCGGGGACGUCGACCGUCUGCAGAAGGCUCGUGACCAUGGAUGCAAUGUUGGGAGUGCGCCCACCUUGGACGGAUUAGUGGCCAUUUUGCAGAAUUGGGGGGUUGACGGGGUGCAAGCAAGACAUACAAUUGAUCAUUACGAUCGAGUCGUACGCUUAGGUGAUAUGGAUGUCGCCCUUGAUGCCCCUGUCGGGAGGGGCUGCCCUCCUCCUUCCACCUUGCUGGACGGAGAGGGCCCUUUUUACGCCAUUGAGGUUCAGCCAUCGAUCACGUUCACGUAUGGUGGCAUCGCCAUCGAUAUGAAAGGUCACGCUCUGACAGGAGAUAAGACGAUUAUUCCCGGUCUUCUCAUCGCGGGUGUUGACGCAGGGGGUUUUAGCAACCUUGGAUAUGCCGGUGGACUUGCUCUUGCCUUUGUAACUGGUCUUUGGGCUGCGCGAGAAGCUGCGAGUAUACUCGGAUUGCCCCAGCCACGUCUGCCAGCGGCUGAUCCACGGGAUGCUCAGGAAAGCCUAAUCCAAGGGCGUCUGUGA